AUGAGAAUGGCAUCUGGACACUUUGCAAUGGGAAUUUUUCUCUUCUCCCAGAUUACAUUGGGAAUGCUUGGCAAUUCCUCAAUAUUAUUUCAUUACAUCUUUUUGAUGUUCACUAGAAAACACUUAAUGCCCAAAGACCUGAUUUUAAAGCACUUGACUUUUGCCAACUCUUUGUCUAUCAUCUCAAGAGGCAUUCCACGGGCCAUGUCAGAUUGUGGAUUUAAGUAUUUUCUGGAUGAUAUUGGAUGUAAAUUGAUUGUGUAUAUAUGCCGAAUAACAAGGGGAAUGUCCCUUUAUGCAAUGUGCCUACUCAGUUGCUUCCAGGCAAUCACUAUCAACCAGAGCAACUCCAAGUGUUUGACACUUAAGCACAGAACCACCAAGUACAUUGGUUCCUGCUGCUCAGUCAGUUGGCUUGUGCAACUCUUUCUAAACAUCUUGACUCCAACAAGAGUGUCAGGCCCCAUUUACAACAAAAAUGUAACUAACAUGAUGAGUUAUGGAUACUGCUCAUGGAUUGCUUCAGGCAAUAUGGCAACUGCAGUUUAUGUGUUAUUACUGUGCUUCUCUGAUGCUGUGUGUCUGGGUCUCAUGGCCUGCUCAAGUGUCUCCAUGGUUAGUAUUCUCUACAGACAUAAGAGACAAGUCAAACAUAUCCACAGUGCUCAGCACCUUAUAAAAGACUCUCCUGAGGACAGAGCCACACAAACUAUCCUCAUUCUAAUGUGCACAUUUGUCCUUUCUUACUCAUUCUCCUCCAUAGUGGUCAUCUUUACAACCUACUCCAAAUAUCCAAUGCUAUGGGGGGUAAGUGUAAUUACAUUCGUAGAAAUAUGCUUUCCCAUAUUUUGCCCCUUUGUUAUCAUCAGCAAUAUGAACACUAUUUCCAGUCCAUUUUUACCCUGCUUUGGUAAGCCAUAG